AUGACAGAGAAGAUGUUGUGUAAUUUCAAAGAGGGCAUCAUCAUAAUGCUGGAUGACACUCUGAAAGGAAUAACCAAAAGGAAGUUGACAGUGAUGGACGACUUGAUAUAUAAUUUGAAGAGAAUUAGAAUUGGUAUUCUAGAACAUCAAACACUGCAUACUGAGGGAAAUCAAGUAGAAAGAGAAGUGGUUUCCUUAGAAGAAAGAUCUUCACAGAUAAUUUGUGAGCUUGGUGUCAUGAAAGAAGAGUGGGAAGAGAAUUAUAAUGAAGUACCAGUGAAGACUGAAAACACAUUUGUCAGGGUAAAAUCAGAUGAACCUGGUGAUACACAACAAGAUGAGAUCAUUUCUGAGUUGAGUGAGAAUGAUGAUAAAGACUUUAAAGAUGAGGUUUUGAGUGUGAAAAAAGGAAAGGAAAUACAAGAUGAUUAUCAACAAGUUGGCUCUGGGUCAGAAACUUUCCCUGGUAAAUAA